UCCCCUCUGCAUACGUAUCGAAAAAGAGCAAGCCAUCACCUGAGCGGCAAGCCGGCAACGGAGAGUGAUCCCGGCGAUUGCUGAAAGCUACGCUUGCGGAGAUUCACUGGAGAUUCUGUCUGUAGUCCAUCGUUGCUCCAGCUCCUUCUCAGUUCGGUCUGAAGCAAUGAAAGCUAAGCAGUCCAAGGCGCUGCUGAUACUCUAUGCCACUCAGACCGGGAACGCAAUGGACGCCGGGGAGCGUACCGGUCGAGAGGCCGAGCGCAGAGGCUGCUCUGUCACGCUCCUCUCCGUGGACGAAUACGACGCCAGUUCAUUGUCUCGUGAGGAAACAGUGAUCUUUGUUGUUUCUACGACUGGGCAGGGGGACACACCAGAUUCCAUGAAGGUCUUCUGGAGGUUUCUUUUGCAGAGACAUCUGGGCAAGAAUUGGCUUGAAGGGAUGCGUUUUGCGGUGUUUGGCUUAGGGGACUCCAGCUAUCCGAAAUACAAUUUUGUUGCGAAGAAGCUUGACAAAAGACUUUCAGAUCUUGGGGCGGUGGCUCUUGUUGAGAGAGGCUUAGGAGAUGACCAGCAUCCUUCAGGUUAUGAAGGUGCUUUGGAUCCUUGGAUGUCAUCAUUGUGGAGAAUGCUGAACAAGAUUGAUCCUAACUUCUUUCCUAAUGGUCCAGAUCCCGUUGAAUCAGAAAUGACAUUGUUGGAUCAGCCGAAGGUUGAAGUCAGAUAUCAUGACAUCGGUGAGGUGAAUUCCCAAUUUUCAGUUGCUGCAGAUUUACAAAGCAGGGAAAAAGAUAUCGAGAUGGCUCGCUUAAUGUCUCCGGGAAAAUUUAGUGGCAAGAGUGGGCCUAGCUGCUUUCUCAAAAUGACAAAAAAUAAACUACUGACCAAAGCAGGCUGCGGGAAGGACGUGCGGCAUUUUGAAUUUGAAUUUGUUUCAUCUACUGUUAGAUAUGAAGUUGGUGAUGUGCUUGAAGUCCUCCCUGGUCAAAAUCCUGCUGCAGUUGAUGUGUUCUUGCAGCGUUGCAACUUGAACCCAGAAUCAUUCAUCACUGUUCACCACAGAAAACAAGAGAAUGGCAUUUGUGGUACUGACUUAGAUGUCUCAAAAGUGCCCAUUAAAUUAAAAACCUUCGUGGAGUUGGCAAUGGAUGUUUCAUCAGCUUCACCACGACGCUAUUUCUUUGAGGUGAUGAGUUUCUUUGCAACAGCCCAGCAUGAAAAGGAAAGACUUCAAUAUUUCACAUCGCCUGAAGGAAGAGAUGAUCUCUACCAGUACAAUCAGAAGGAACGGAGAACUGUUUUAGAGGUAUUAGAAGAUUUUCCAUCUGUUCAGAUGCCAUUUGAGUGGCUGGUGCAGCUGGUCCCCCCCUUAAAGCCUAGGGCUUUCUCCAUUUCUUCUUCUCCAUCAGCUCAUCCAGGCCAAGUGGACCUAACUGUGAAUGUUGUGUCAUGGACAACCCCUUUUAAGCGGAAGCGCUCUGGUCUUUGUUCCACGUGGCUCGCCAAUCUCGAUCCACAUCAAAGUACUGUUAUUCCAGCAUGGUUCCAAAAAGGUUCCUUACCUCCUCCAUCGCCAUUGGAGCCCCUCAUUCUCAUUGGCCCCGGGACAGGCUGCGCUCCUUUCCGUGGAUUCAUCGAGGAGAGAUCCAUACAGAGCCAGUCCUCUACAACUGCCCCGAUAAUGUUCUUCUUUGGCUGCAGAAAUGAGGAGAACGACUUCUUAUAUCGUGAUUUCUGGUCCCACCAUUCCCAAGAAGAGGGGGUCCUCUCAGAAGCAAAGGGUGGGGGCUUUUUCGUGGCUUUCUCGAGGGACCAGCCACAGAAGGUGUACGUACAGCAUAAGAUGAGGGAAAACAGCGCGAGGGUCUGGGAUCUGCUGAGUGAGGGGGCGGCUGUCUACGUCGCUGGCUCUUCGACCAAGAUGCCCUCAGAUGUUUUGGAGGCUUUUGAGGAGAUCGUGUCCAAAGAGAGCGGGCUUCCCAGUGAGUCUGCUGUGAGGUGGGUUCGAGCACUGGAAAGGGCCGGGAAGUACCAUGUCGAAGCAUGGUCUUGAACUCGGAGGACACGGUUGGGUUGGUAUAGCAAAGAAACAUUAUCGGCAGAGGAAGAUGCAACUCCACAGAAGAACCGUCAGGGAAUUAUGACCUUUCGUAAUUCGAGCCCGUGAAAUUAACCCCGGACUGCCUCCAGUGGACAAGAAGGCUGGUGGAGAGUUGGGUGAUGCUUCUGAUGUAGAUGUAGUAACUUAUAGCGCCCAUGGUGUAGAGUGCAUUGAACUUAUGUUUAUUUGUUCGAUUGUUUCGACGUUCAUGAUUAAUUCCCAUUUGGAUUCGAUUGAGAACAACUUUUGUGAUGGAUCAUCGAAACAGAAUUUUUCCUAUUUGCCGGAAAUGAGGCCCGAAAAAGUUUUUGGGUAUUCUUAUCAGACCAUAGAAAGAAAAAGUAGAGUUUUCUAUGGAUUCAUUGAGGAAAAAUAUACGCUUAGGAAUGCAAUUGAGCCUUGAGAGCUUCCUUUCCCGUUCAAAAGUAUACAAAAACCGGGAAAUCUCCGGUUUUCGCGCUAUGUGGACCGGACAACGCACCAAACCGGAUCCGGCUCAGGUGACCUGACCCGCCUUAUCCAGGAUCUCCUUUUUCAGGAGUGAGAGCUCUCCUUCCCUCUCCUCCUCCCUCUUCCCAGGACGCAGAGUCGCAGAGCUUCCGAAAUGUUAUCCAUGGCGAUACAGUCCACUGUCGACGCCUCUUCACUGAAGUCCUUAGCUUUCUCCUGCGCGAAUAUCUCCUCGAAGCCCACCAUCAGAGCCUUCAUCCCCGCUGCUCGUUCGAGCUCGCUGUCCCGUUCCCAGUGCAGACUGAGCCACCGGAGGAGCUCGAGGAGAGAACUCAGAAUCUCUGCUCCGGUCGCUGCAGCAGCGGAUGCUAUCGUGGCAGAAGCGGAGGACACAGACGAUUCUUCCUCCAAGGUUCCGCUGGAGACAGAGAAGCUUGGAGUGGUUGUGAAGCCAAUGGCGAAACCACGGCUUGUGCUGAAGUUCAUCUGGAUGGAGAAGAACAUCGGGAUCGCGCUCGAUCAGAUGAUACCAGGCCAUGGAGCGAUCCCACUGAGCCCCUACUACUUCUGGCCGAGGAAAGACGCGUGGGAGGAGCUCAAGGUGCUGCUCGAGACCAAGCCCUGGAUCUCCCAAAAGCAAAUGAUCAUCCUCCUCAAUCAGGCCACCGAUAUCAUCAAUCUAUGGCAGCAGAGCGGUGGAGACUUGUCGUGAGCUUCUCUUAAGACUCAAGAACAUCUGUACUCACAGACGAUUCAUUCAUGGUUCUCGCCGCCUGAGGUUCUUCAAAAGUUAGAGCAAUGCUGUAAUUUUCACGGUGAAAAUUUUUGCGAGCUGCUUGUAUAAGAGUUACCAAAUGGUGCUUUCUGUUAUAUGUAUUAUUUGCAAUUAGUUAUGUAACCCAUUCAAUCAAA